AUGGACGCCCCUAUCGCUUCAUCUGCGCAGAGUCCAUCAAUGGAUCAAAGCGCGACAGGAUCUGCCACAGAUGCCGCCGAAGCAACUGCGAAAGAUAGACAAGUAGAAGCUUCUAAAAAGCGGUCCUCUCUAAACGGCCCCCCUCAGCCUGUCAAGAAGACGAAACACAUCGCCCUUUCGACUGAGAGCCUUCUAUCCUUGUGGCAAGCUACAACAUGCGCUUCAGCGAGUAUUCGCGCAGGCGCACGUGAUCCGUCGGGCGGCACAACGAUGUACCAGACUUGCGUUUGUUGCGGGCAGGUACCUUGCGUGAGGUCAGUCCGCAAAACUCGUGGUGGGAUUUUUCAAACUUGGGUUUAUUUUACGUUCAGCGAGUUUGUGGGUAAAAGGAAAAAAAACAACGCGUUAUUUUACGGACAACGUUAA